GAAGUCGGGGUGGAACGUGGGCGCGGGGAGACAGGUGGUGGCUCCGACAGCAAGGGGAGCUGAGCCGUGUCUGCGCAGCCACGCCAGGCCGGGAGGACCAUGUGAAUGGGCCGGGGGCCUCUCAGGCUGGGCAGGGACCAUGGGCUGUAGCUGCAGCUCAAACCCUGAAGAUGACUGGAUGGAAAACAUCGAUGUGUGCGAGAACUGCCAUUAUCCCAUAGUCCCCCUGGACGGCAAGGCCACGCUUCUCUUGCGGAAUGGCUCUGAGGUACGGGAUCCACUGGUCACCUACGAGGGCUCCAACCCACCAGCCUCUCCGCUGCAAGACAACCUGGUUAUCGCCCUGCACAGCUACGAGCCCUCGCACGACGGAGACCUGGGCUUUGAGAAGGGCGAGCAGCUCCGCAUCCUGGAGCAGAACGGCGAGUGGUGGAAGGCCCAGUCCCUGACCACGGGCCAGGAAGGUUUCAUCCCCUUCAACUUCGUGGCCAAAGCGAAUAGCCUGGAACCUGAACCCUGGUUCUUCAAGAACCUGAGCCGCAAGGACGCAGAGCGACAGCUCCUGGCGCCGGGAAACACGCACGGCUCGUUCCUGAUCCGAGAGAGCGAGAGCACCGCGGGAUCGUUUUCGCUGUCGGUCCGGGAUUUCGACCAAAACCAGGGAGAGGUGGUGAAACAUUACAAAAUCCGUAACCUGGACAAUGGCGGCUUCUACAUCUCCCCUCGCAUCACUUUUCCCGGCCUGCACGAACUGGUCCGCCAUUACACCAAUGCUUCUGAUGGUCUCUGCACGAGGUUGAGCCGCCCCUGCCAGACCCAGAAGCCCCAGAAGCCGUGGUGGGAGGACGAGUGGGAGGUUCCCAGGGAGACGCUGAAGCUGGUGGAGCGGCUGGGGGCCGGCCAGUUCGGGGAAGUGUGGAUGGGGUACUACAACGGACACACGAAGGUGGCUGUGAAGAGCCUGAAGCAGGGCAGCAUGUCCCCCGACGCCUUCCUGGCGGAGGCCAACCUCAUGAAGCAGCUGCAGCACCAGCGGCUAGUCCGGCUCUACGCGGUGGUCACGCAGGAGCCCAUCUACAUCAUCACCGAGUACAUGGAGAACGGGAGCCUGGUGGAUUUUCUCAAAACCCCCCCGGGCAUCAAGUUGACCAUCAACAAACUCUUGGACAUGGCAGCCCAAAUUGCAGAGGGCAUGGCAUUCAUCGAAGAGCGCAAUUACAUCCACCGUGACCUGCGGGCUGCCAACAUCCUGGUGUCUGACACCCUGAGCUGCAAGAUUGCAGACUUUGGCUUAGCACGCCUCAUCGAGGACAAUGAGUACACAGCCAGGGAGGGGGCCAAAUUUCCCAUUAAGUGGACAGCGCCAGAAGCCAUUAACUAUGGGACGUUCACUAUCAAGUCGGACGUGUGGUCUUUCGGGAUCCUGCUGACGGAGAUCGUUACCCACGGCCGCAUCCCUUACCCAGGGAUGACCAAUCCUGAGGUAAUUCAGAACCUGGAGCGAGGCUACCGCAUGGUACAACCUGACAAUUGUCCAGAGGAACUGUACCAGCUCAUGAUGCUGUGCUGGAAGGAGCGCCCAGAGGACCGGCCCACCUUUGACUACCUGCGUAGCGUGCUGGAGGACUUCUUCACGGCCACCGAGGGCCAAUACCAGCCCCAGCCUUGACAGGCCUCGCUGGCCUGUGCCCUGCCCCCAUCUCACAACCCUGGCUUGGAGAGGGGGUGUUUUGGUGUCACAGCCAAAUGACCUGGGCACGAUGGACUCUUCACGUGAACCUCACCAAUGUGCAACACGUGUCAUGCACACACGUCCUGUAGUUGUGUGGGCUCUGUACACGUCUGACACAUGUGGAGCCUAUGCAUGUAUGUUUUGGAUACCAUCUAAAGUAUGUCUUUCUGGAUGCUCUCAUUUCCUGAGAGCAUGGAGAGGGGAGAGAAACCUGUGAUUGACAUCUGCUUCUGCUCCCCACUUUUCUUCUCUCAGAUUAUGCUGAAGCUCACUGUGGGCUGGGGCGUUAUCCUAAUACCUCUGUGUGCUCCUCCACGGUGCCUGGCAUGCGUCAGGAGCUCAAUAAAUGUCUUUGGAUGUAGGGUGCACAUUUCUCCACCCCAA